GACUGUGGGGGUGAGAGAGAGGGAGUGACCCCUCCUCCGCAGGUUCUGACGUCACAAAGGCCAGAGCAGACCAGGUGCUGCCUGGCCGUCCUCCGUUCAGCUCGGCUCCCGGCACAAGCACAGCCAGAGGUGAAGCCCCGCCCUCCUGUGGUUCCAUCCCAGGACGAAGCUGCAGGCUCCGCCUCUCAAGCCCCUGACGGGGCGGUGCUGGGGUCAGGAGAGGAAUCUGGCCGUCCUGACCCCUGGCCUCGGGCGCCCUACGACCCUGGGAUUGGGAGCUCUCUUCCCGCUGCCCCCGGGAUGGCGACAGCCCCGGAGGCCCCCCUCGAGCUCUCCGACUGCCUCUGUCCCAUCUGCACGGAGAUCCUGGUGGAGCCCGUGAGCCUCCCGUGCGGCCACACGCUGUGCCACUCGUGCUUCCAGCAGACCGUUCAGAAGGCAAGUCUGUACUGCCCCUUCUGCCGCCGCCGGCUGUCUUCGUGGGCCCGCGCCCAGGCCCGCCAGAAAACGCUGAUCAAUCACAAGUUAUGGCGAAGGAUCGAAAAGCUGUACCUCCGUAAGGGUGGACUCGCGGGCAGAGGCGGGAGGAUCAAGCGCCAGGAGCUGGAUGCAGAUCUCCCGCCGCGCAGGCUCAGUGCGCCCGGGGAGCUGAGGCGCGAGUAUGAGGAGGAGCUGAGCAAGGUGGAAGCAGAGAGGCGGGCAUUCUCAGAAGAAGAGGCUCGCGUCAGUGCUGAGUACAUACACCAGCUGCUGGCUGAGGAGGAGGAAGAGGAGCACAGGAGGGAGGAGGAAGAGGUGGGCAGUCAAAGGCCCGGACAAGAGGAAGAAGGGAAGCUGAGACUGGAGCUAGAGCAAAAAGAGAAUCUGGAGAAAUUAAAGGAUCAGAGGUCAAAGCAAGAAGAGACUCAAACUAGGGAGAAGGGGAAGAGGCCAAGGUAUGAGGAAGACUGGAGACAAAGCAGGGAGGACAGAGAGAGCCCGAGGCAGGCGGAGGAAGAGAGACAAAAAGAGAGAGAGGCCCAGCUGAAAAUAGAUAAAGAGCUGGCCCAAGAAAUAAGCAUCAGUUUUAAAACACUGAAAUGUGUCUUGACUUCCCUUUUCGUUGCCAAUUCAUCUUACUCUGCCCCUUGCAGAUCACCAAAGAAAACAGAGAGCAAACCGAACAAUGCUAGAGACAUUCACAAGUGCAUGACACCCAGGUCCCCACUUACCUCCCCGGCACUACAGAAUGAACUUGGAGCCACAGGAGACAAGAGAUGCUGCAAGUGUAAGGAGGUCAGCAUUGGUAAAGGGAAGAGCACCAGGUGGCAAGGGGAAAGAAAAGAUUUGCCAACUUUAUCUACGCAAGCCUUCUGUGAAAUUGAAAACAUUGGUGCAAGGGCUUCUCUGGAAGAUGGGGUGAAAACUUGUAUUAGGGGAGAAAGUAAGCCAGGAACAAGCUGUGAGGAUAAAAUUAUAAGCCGCUGUAUUGUUGAAAAUCACCAACUACCCAAAACCAAAUUUUUCUGCUCUUGGGCAGCUGUAGCUAAGCCUUCAGGCAAAUCAGAGAAUGAAUGCACAGGAGAGAUGACAAAUGAAAGCACUAGUCUGUUGGUGAAUAAAGAAAUUCUGGGAAGAAAAAGUCUGCAAUCUCUGUCUGAAUCUCUCAGCGAUUCUGGCUUCUCUUCGAAGAAAAGGAAUAUAUGCGCAGAACCCACCCCAGAGAAAGAUCAAAGAAAAAGUACCUUUACUCAGAAACUGAUAGAUUUAGAGCACUUAUUUUUUGAAAGGCAUAAACAAGAGGAAGAGGAUAGAUUAUUGGCAUUACAGCUUCAGGGAGAAAUGAAUAGAGAACAGAAGCUGAAUCGGAAAAAGAGGACCCGAGAUGAAUACCUCCUGCGUCCUAGAGUAACCUUAAAUUCAGAUAAAAGAAGGAUGGUAUGCAGCAAAAGUCUAAAGAAGAAAAAACUGAAGCGACAUUUUCAGAGCCUCUAAGGGGUUCAAAGUAUGAAUAGUGGCCAUCUUUUAAAAUCUAGCUGAAACUUUCAGCUAAUGAUAAAGGAGAAAAGGUAACAAACUAACCAAAAUGCCCCUUCUCUAUUGCCUAAUUACUUUACACACACCCCCCAAAAAAAACCUUCAAAUCUUGCAAUGACCUGCAAAAUAAGGAAUAUGGGAAAGGAAUAAGGAGUAAAACUUGAUUACAGUGCUCUCCUAUUCCAUAAUAUCCUUGUAGAUACGUUUUGGUUUUGUGUUUUGGUGCAUUUUGUCCACUGAAGGUGCCUGUUUUCAGUAGUUGCUUAAUUGGGAGGCUAUCUUAUUAGAGGAAAGCUCCUCAGGUGCCAUUACAAAUGUUUAUCUUCAGAUUGAAAUCUCCAAGUUUACAAUAAAGUUAAUUUUUUACAUUAGCAGUUACCAGGGUACACUGAGGUGAAAGAUCCUACUAGUUGGUAAAUACACUAGGCCAGAUCCAAGAUGUCCUCAAAUGUUCUAAAUACCAUAAUCCUUUCUCAAACAAAGGAAAAAGCACCCUUCCCUUUGCAUUACUAUCCACUUUUUUGUCCUGUUGAAUUGGAAUUUAAAUAAAAGGAGAAACU